CAAUGAAAAAAGCAUGCCUUUCUUCUCCCCUCCCCUUCAGAACGGUUCCUUCCUUCUCUAACAUGCUCGUCCCCUGGCAGCCGGUGGUUGGUGGGAGCACAAGUGGUCAGAUGUCACAUCCUGCCCCAUGUUGCACCCUUGUUGCUUUGGUCAAGACUAACCAAAGUGGAGUGAAACUCAGGAGCUGAGAAACCGAGUCACUCUGAGAGGAUGGGAAAUUGUCUCCAGAGAGAACUCAGGCAGGAAAUUACUGCACUGGAGAAAGGAAAUCGAUGUCAAGAUAAGAAAAGUAAUGAAGUUUUAUCCACCUCUAAUCAGGAAAAUGAGGACGGCUGUGGUUCCGAAGAAGUGUGCUACACAGUCAUUCGUCCCCGCGCUCAGCCCAAGCCCUCCUUGAGUUCCAAUGACAAUGGCUAUGAGAACAUUGACUCCAUCACAAAGAGGGUGAAAUCGUUUAAAGAAGAAACAGAAUAUGCCCUCCUCAGGACGUGCGUCACCAGGCGUUCGCCCUGCACCCCGGAGCAUGAUUAUGAACUUGUGCUUCCCCACUAGGCACCCCAUGCUUCUUCGUCUUUCAGUAACAAAGAUGGUACAGAGGGAUACCCUCUGGGGAAGUCUCUCUCUCAGCAGUUCAUAAAACAUUCAUUUCUGUCCUGAGUUUAGAAAUGAUGUCCUUUUAAUAUAUUGCCUUGGGAAACUCUUAAACAUGGCAUCUCUGUGAUUGUAUGAAGCCGUAUACAUUGGCAUAAUGAUCUAAAGUCUUCUCCAUCUUUUUGUUUGUAAGGUUUGAAGAUAUGGAGGUGGUGGGGAAACCUUCCUAGGACAAUAAACAUCCACAAAUAUAUGACCUAAAACAUUCAAUUCCAGCCAUGCUCUCCAAAUUUCAAACGCCGAUAUUUUCAUUUCUAAUUAUGCAUUUUAGUUUUGAUGUAUAAACUACUCAAUAAACUUUUAAAAUAUAAGACUAGUGAUGAGACCCUUUAAUAACCUGA